AUGAUGUGUUCAAGCUAGCAUCCAAAAACCAAAUGCUGUCUACUGAAUUGUGCUUUCAGUUGAGUUUGUAAACACUCGUCGUGUUUUUUGGAUAUCACCACAGCUAUCGGCGUCUAUCCUGUUACAGACACGUGAUCAAUGACGGCUCUGGUCAGCCAUGGCUGCCGUGUCAUGGAAGGAGAUUUUACUUUUGACUGGACUGGUGGUGGGAUGUUACUGGAACAGUCUGUCAUGUGGCUUUGUGUUUGAUGAUGUCUCUGCGAUUCUUGACAACAAGGACCUACGACCUUCAACACCUCUUCGCAACCUAUUCCUCAAUGACUUCUGGGGAACACCAAUGGCAGAGGAGCGGAGCCAUAAAUCAUAUCGACCCUUGACCGUACUCACCUUCAGACUGAACUACCUCUACAGUGAACUGAGUGCAGCUUCCUAUCAUCUGCUUAAUGUUAUUUUACAUGCCGUUGUGUGUGUGCUCUUCCUGCGAGUGUGCCGAUUGUUCCUGGACAGGACUUUUAGCUUGGUGGCAGCCUUGCUGUUUGCUGUCCAUCCCAUCCACACCGAAGCUGUUACAGGUGUGGUCGGCAGAGCUGAACUUCUCUCAUCAAUCUUUCUCCUUGCUGCUUUCUUGGCCUACACAAAGUCAACAGGUGCAGACCACUCCAUUGUCUGGACUCCCAUUGCUCUGACGGUUGUUCUAGUGGCUGCAGCAACACUGUGCAAGGAGCAGGGGAUCACUGUUGUGGGCAUCUGCUGUGUCCAUGAAGUGUUUGUUGCUCAAGGGUUCACCCUGCCCAUGCUGUUGGACACACUUUGGCAAGUCCUGCAGGGUAAAGAUGGUUUCCCCUACGCUGUCCUCCAAACUCUUCUGAAGCUCAUUGUCCUCGUCAUCAGCACCCUGCUGCUCGUCAUCGUCAGGGUCCAAGUUAUCCAGUCCCAGCUCCCUGUCUUUACCAGGUUUGAUAACCCAGCCGCAGUUAGCCCCACUCCUGUCAGACAGCUGACCUUCAACUACUUACUUCCUGUGAACGCAUGGCUGCUGCUGAAUCCCUCUGAGCUCUGCUGUGACUGGACUAUGGGCACCAUCCCUCUGGUGGACUCUCUCCUGGACCUUCGCAACCUGGCAACCCUGUUGUUUUACUCCUUUAUGGGCCUGUUAGCCUUCCACAGCCUGCGCUACAGACACACCUCUGCCAAGACUGUCAUCAUGGCUCUGUCUUUGAUCGUCCUGCCUUUCAUCCCUGCUUCCAAUCUCUUCUUCCCUGUGGGUUUUGUUGUGGCAGAGCGGGUUCUUUAUGUGCCCAGUAUGGGCUUCUGUGUUCUUGUAGCACAUGGAUUUAAGAUCCUCUCACAGAAAGGACACAUGAAGAAGAUUUCCUGGUUGAUAAUCGGUGUGCUUUUAGCUACACAUGCAGUGAAAACUUUCAACAGGAACUGGGACUGGGAGUCAGAAUAUACUCUGUUCACAUCAGCCCUGAAGGUCAACAAGAAUAAUGCCAAGCUGUGGAAUAAUGUUGGUCAUGCUUUAGAGAACCAAAAUAAUUACGCAAGAGCAUUACGGUAUUUUCUUCAGGCCACUCGGGUCCAGCCAGAUGACAUUGGUGCUCACAUGAAUGUUGGAAGAACCUACAAGAACUUGAACAGAUCCAGAGAGGCAGAAGAGGCCUACCUCGUUGCCAAAUCCCUCAUGCCACAGGUCAUUCCUGGGAAGAAGUAUGCAACACGUGUUGCCCCAAACCAUCUCAAUGUUUACAUAAACCUGGCCAAUCUGAUCCGAGCUAACGAAUCCCGACUGGAGGAGGCUGACCAGCUCUAUCGACAGGCAAUCAGCAUGAGGCCAGACUUCAAACAAGCCUACAUCAGCAGAGGGGAGUUGCUGCUGAAGAUGAACAAGCUCACAGACGCCCGGGAUGCUUACCUUCGAGCCCUGGAGCUUGACCGCACAAACGCUGACCUUUGGUACAACCUGGCUAUCGUCAAUAUCGAGAUGAAGGACCCAUCAGAAGCCCUUAAAAACUUCAACCAUGCCCUGGAGCUCAACCCACGCCACAAGCUGGCGCUCUUCAACUCUGCACUUCUCAUGCAGGAAUCUGGAGAGCCAAAGUUCUGGCCUGAGGCAAACCGUCGUUUCCUGAUCUAUGUGGAGGAGGAGCCUCAAGAUGCCAACGGCUACUUCAACCUUGGGAUGUUGGCCAUGGAUGCCAAUGAAAAUGAAGCAGCUGAGCGCUGGAUGCGUAAAGCGAUCGGUUUGCAGGCAGGCUUCCGCAGUGCCCUGUUUAACUUGGCGUUGCUUUACUCUCAGUCUAAACGGGAGAUUGAUGCGCUGCCUGUGCUGGACGAGCUGCUUCGCCACCAUCCAGAGCAUAUCAAAGGCCUGAUCCUGAAGGGAGACAUCCUCAUGAACCACAAGAAGGACACACGGGGUGCUAAAGAGUGCUUUGAGCGCAUCUUGAGCAUGGACCCAACAAAUGUGCAAGGCAAGCACAACCUCUGUGUGGUUUACUUUGAGGAGCGUGAUCUGCCACGGGCCGAGCGCUGCCUGGAGGAAACUCUGGCCCUGGCACCAAAUGAGGAGUACGUACGUCGUCACUUGAGCAUUGUGCGGGGGAAAAUGGCUGCCAUGAGCGCAGCAGGGCACCCUCUCACUGCAACAGAGGGAGCCACCACGGCAGCAGAGGAGGAAAAGCCAAGGAGAGUUAAGGAGGGGGCAGAGGGGGGGGAUGUUGAGGAAAGGGAGGAAGGGAGGGCUACUGCUGAUGUUGGAGAGGGGGCUGGGGAUGAGAAGAAUGUGCGGAAAUCCUCCACAGAAAGCCCAGGAGGUGCGGGCGUGGACCAAUCAGAGUCUGUGGAGGGCAGCCAGCCUGACAAGCGGACUAAGGGUAAGUCCACUAAAGAGAUUAAAGAUAUAGAGGAAAAAAGAGCAGCUGCCUUGAAGAGACUAGAGGAGAUUGAGCGCAUAUUAAGUGGUGAUUAACACUUUCAAUUUAUAGCUGGACUUAUUUUAUAGAGCUCUUUCAUGCUCCGAGAUAAGACUGCAUUUCCCCCCUUAGAAAUGUGCAUACUUAAUCAAUUGUCACGUUAUUUUUUUUGUUAUUAUUUCGCAGGCCACUUUGUGUGGUUCUGCUGUUUUCACAGCAAUCAUGUAAAGAAGGGAAAUGUAUGUACACAUGAAACAAGCACAAAGCCAAUUUGGUAAAAAUCUAUUUAAAGCUUCUGGCGAGAUGUAGAUGCCAAUGUGUGUGCUUCAUCUGAAUGUGUUUCACAUAUCUUAGAUCUGCAGUAGUUCUAAAUAUGUUUUGUUAUUCAUGUGUAGUCAUUGUUUAUCACUGGAUAUAUUUUCACUAAGAUGUGACUCACUCCUGUGUUAUUGUUUUUAAAAACAAAAUGAUUGUAUCAGACAAUUAAAGGAAAUGACGUGUUCCCCAGAUUCCCUCAAGGCAGGAUGAUAUCUGCGCCAGAGUUUGCACCUCAAAAUAAACCACAGAGAGAGGGGAAAAAACCUUCACACUUCAACAACAGGCUUCAGCUCUCUUCCAGCAACAUCCUCUUAUCUUUAUUGAUCUCACUCGGCACUUCCUGCCUCUGCAUCAUCAGCCGCAACCUCACAGCUGCCUCCACUUUCAAAAUUUCAUUGUGAUCCCAUCUGAAGACGAUUAUCUCACCCUCUUUGUCACAUUACCCCCCUCGCAUCUCCACCCAUUCUUUUAGACACUACAGCCACAUUAGGGAUGUCUGUGUUUUCCUGCUUUUCUUGGUUCAUUCGUCCAGUAUUGCUCACUUUGACCUCAGUUACUCCACCAAUCAAUGAUGACGCACCAUCACAGUCAGACUUCAUCAUGUGUUCUCUGUUUUUGUCCAAUUCAGUGAGGAAGUUUUCACAGCAUAUAAACAGAAAACAGGCACACUCCUUCAUCCUUCUUCAAAGUUAUUAAGAUUUUUUGGCUUCCUGCUACCAAAAAAAAUCAGAAUGUUUCCUGUGUGAAAUUUGUUUGGUAGCUCUUUGUAUUCACUUUCUUUGGGAUCACUCCAGAGCAAAAGUAGUUGAUAUUUAUUCAUAGUAACCACUGAUAUUUUUCAUCUCAUGUGAGUAUGCUUGGAGGCAUAGGAGUCCCAUUAAAAAAAAACAAUUUGUUCAAGAAUUAACAUAAAUACUUGUGAGGUUUGAAAGGCUGUAGAAAAUGCAAGAUACUAUAAAUAAUACUAUAUUAUUAAUAAUAAUACUAUAAUAAUUAAUACAAUAAAUAUAAUAAUAAAGAGGCACAGAGCAUGAUUUAUCAAUUAAUAUAGGAUUUCCAUUUAGUCCACAUUUUUUUCUCUAUGUAGUUUAAAAUCCCAUAAAUUUUUUUUUUUGUGUAAUGAUGUGAUUCCUACCCUUUCCUUUUAAAUAGUUUUAGGCAUGCACGAUAUUGGAGUUUUGGCGAUAUCCGAUAUGCAGUUAAGUACCGAUUCAUUUUCGCUGAUACAGAUAUUUAAGCAUGUUUUCCAGACCUAAAACUUCAUUCCCUUGAACACACUUUAAUGUUUAAGGAUGAACAAAGAAACAAGCUUUAGUACUUAAAACACUCUUAAAGUUUAAAGAAAGGAUAGAUAAAGAAAAACAAUCUCAACUGACAUAAGUCUGUUGGUCCAGCCUCAACCACCACUAGCUUAUUAGUAUAAAUGUCCAAAAUUUACAAUUAAUUUAUGCUGAUAUUCCCAUAAAUAUCAGCUGAAAUUUUUAUACCUGUUGGUAUCGCUAUCAGGCCAAUAAUAUUGUGCAUCCCUCAAUGUUUUCGAUCUACCCUUAUGUCUUUCUAAAUUAUCAGUUCUAUAUCAUGUGAUUAUCUUUGGCCCUUUAUUUUGCAGCUGGUUUUCUUAGUGGCUCCUGCUACUAUUUUGAAAAGCAAAGCUGUGAAUUCAAUGGCUUCAGUGGCCUUUGGUUGAAAAUUACAUUUUAUAAUAAGAAAGCAAUGAGAAAGAAAUGUCUUACACAAGUGUUUAUUUUGAAAUAAUCCUUAAUGCAUUUACACAGAAAUUAAUGUGACGGAAAACAAUCAAUAAAAAUGCCUAAAGCCAUUGCUUUUUAUUGAGCGGCGACCUCCUUGAUUGAAAAAUGUCACCGAAGUGGAAGUGAAGAAAAAAACUGCACUUCAAAGAGUUGUUAAAAUGCUGACUUUUACAGCAGAAAUAAACAUGUUUACAGCCUUGCUCAAAAAGAUUUGGGUGUGAAUUGUUCAUAUCUAUCCUGGCAUGCUAGAUAGACUGCUUCACAUAUCCAUGACAUUGGAUGUAUUUCACAUCAAUGUGGGCAACACCCCAUACAUGGUGCUUGGGAACGGUCAAACAAACACAGACAAGUCCAAGCAACAAGACAGUAUGUAGUAGUGAGAGCUUGUUCAGUGGAAGCAGCUGGUAAAUCAACUCCUGUUGAAACCAGUCAGGAGAAGAGCAAGGACAUGUUUUCCACUAAGAAAGCUUGUUGCUCUUUUAAUAAAGAUAUAUCCAGCUUUGAUAAAACUGUUGCUGUAGCUUCAACCAUGCCGACAUUGUUUACAGGCUUUAAUUCGCUUCACCUAAACUACAUAGUAUCUACUGCCUUGCCCUCUUCAAAUGACACAGAUUGGUACGGUAUUCUCUGACGAGUGUUUCAGCUUAAAGCUUUGCAAGAUGGAUCUGCCAGAUGACAGACAUGGAAUCUGGCUUAUCCAUUGGCUGAUAUGACUGUAUCAGGCUUCAUCCAUUACUUUCUACAGUCUUAGCUUUUUAGAUAUGUUACUGUGACCAUGUGUUUACUUUACUACUACUUGUUUGUAAUGGCACUCGUAUGACUCCAAGCAUGUAAGGAUAAACUUGAAAGCAGUUUUGGGAAUGCACAUAUCCCUCCAACUUGUCUUCCUUCAGGUCUUUAUUUUUAAUCACUACACAAUUUUACACCCCAGCAUCUGAUUAACUGCACCCAUGAGGUCUGAUGGAUCUAAACACAGUAAUAGACUGAUAGCUGAUCAUGUAACACUGUGGUAAAUGGGAGUUUAAAAUGAGCCAAUUCCCUGGCAGUCAGUGCAGAGGAAAUUAAGCAGAACUGUUAGAAAUAUACUUUGUUGAAGCCAACGUCAAUGACGUCUUUACAGAUCCCGUGAUGUUCCUGUUGGGGCUUCACAGUGCAAUAAUUAGUUUCAGUAUGCUCUGUGCAGUUCUUUGAGGAUAAAGUGUAAAAAAAAAAGCUUACUGUAAUCUUGGAGCGCUGUAGUGGUACUUAAAGAGCCUUGCUAUGCAUCAGCUGUGUCCAGACCUUGAAUUCUGUGUACAUAUAUUUACCAUGUGCUUGUUUCCAGUGUUAUUUAUUUUUAUAUGCACUGCAAAAGCUGGUGAUGUUUUAUUUGUUUACCACUGACAUUAUGCUUUAAAGUCAUGGUGCAUAUUUUGUUGCUACUAACUGGCAAUAUGUGUUAAAUGUGUCAUUGAUUUUUUUGUUCCACUUUUAAACACUAGAGCCGCUGUGUCAGUGUUAACACAUGUACAAAAUAUACAAUGUCCACUUGGGAGACUAGGUACCGCUUCGAAUGAGGGAGUAUUCAGUUUGCAAUAUUUUCUGUUACGCCUGAUUAUGCUGAGUGAAUGAUUUUUGUACGAUUUUAAGAUUUUUUUAAUGCAAUUGCCCUUGGUGGUGGGGGUGUAGGUUAUUAA